AAAAACCCCCUUGCUAUUGCUUGUCUCAACCAGCACUCAACUUCUCAAUUGCAUUCUCUCUCUAGUUUUUUUUUUCUCUCUCUCUCUCUCUCAAGAUGGGAAGCGCCCUGCGUUUCUUUGCAACUUUCUUCCUUGUAACAAUGCUGCUUUUGGCCAAUGAAAUGGGACCAAUGAGGAGUGUAGAGGCAAGGCUUUGUGAGUCAAAGAGCCACCGUUUCAAAGGGAAAUGUCUUAGCGAUACCAAUUGCGGUUCUGUUUGCCAGACUGAAGGCUUCACAGGUGGCAACUGCCGUGGCUUCCGCCAACGUUGUUUCUGCACCAGAAAUUGUUAAAAAUAAUAAAGGAGAAAUGAUAUUGUCACUGUAUCUGUAAUAGUGUCCUUGUUAUAAGUAUCUUAUGAUAAAUAAUGUUGUUUUUAUUAAUAAAAAGACUAGAUAGUCUAUAUAUAUUUGGUGCUUAA